AUGGGUUUUGUAGUCAAAAUGAAACAAAAAGGCAGACAGCUGUGUGGAUUUUCCCUUCAGAGUAAGCCAAGUGAAGGAAAGGCCUGCCCGCCCCCCUGGGGACAGCAGCGCCAGCACCCGCGCCGUCGGCGCCCUUUACUUGCCUGCAGGCGAGCGCCACCACGGUCAGCCCGCGGCUUUUCUGUCUUCCUUUCUGGCCCAGCGAGCGCGCCCAGGCGGUGGGCGUCUUGCCCCGGGCGUCGAGAGGCUGGGGCCGUCCCGUACGCGGCGGGCCGCAACCCAGUCCCCGCGACCACAGUACCCUGCUCCCCGCCGCGCUUGCAGAGCCGGGACGCGCGUGAGUCGGGCGCUCGCAGUGGCCUCACCCCUGGAGGUCGCCGCUCGUCAGGCCUGACUGCUGUUGGCGCCAACCCCGCCGCCCCCGAGGGGCCGCUCGAGGCCGGGCUGCUGCUUGGCCGCGGCGGGCCCCACCCGGGACGUGGCGCUGCGGGCCGGGGAGGUCCAGCUGCGAGUCAGGGGUUAAUGUGGCGGGGUAACUCUAGGCAGAAGGAAGGAGCUCGCAAAGAAGGGUGGAGGAGGGGAAACCGCAAUGGGGAACUGUCACCGAGGCUAGUGGACUCUCCCUGCGCUUUUUUUUUUUUUUUUGGCAUGUACCCCAAAAGCCAGACGUCGAGGCCCAGAAAAAUCUGGAAAGGAAUUCCACCAUGUUUGCUCCUUACAGACCAGACAAACCCUAGAUCCUUCAGAGGCAAUCCCUACUCCCUGCCAAAGGAGAACCCAGUUACUGAACAUCGGAUGACACCAUGGAUAGUAAAUUGGGAGUGCAGGUCCAUACCUGGGUCUCAGAAGCACAGUACAGGUAAAGCUAAGAGUUAUUUCCUCCUCUUUCCCCAUCCAACAACAGGAUGCCUUACUGAAGGUAGGCACUUCCGGUAG